AUGAAGCACUUCCUUGAUGUCAUCCACGAUAUUCUUGCUGAGUCCAUCGAUACUGAUCAGCUCAAGCAAAUCAUCAAGGUUAUUCUUGCCAAACUCACGGACUUAGCAGUGGGUAAGUGUUAUGAGGUCAAAUGGGGCAAUGGCCACAAGGUUAUCGAGCGGAAGGCGUUCCAAUGGAUGCUCGAACAACUCGGUGGCAUUCAGUUCCGACAUUUCUCUCUUACAAGCGAGAAGAAGCGGACC